AUGGCACCUUCGGAGGAAUCUAUUCUGAGCAACUUUCUGCUCUCGCCGGCGCCACUGCCCACAAUCAUCUCCCUGCAGAAGUUCACAGAGCUAUUCCCCAAGCGACUACGGGGUCAUCCCCAUAUUAGGACCUUGUACCGGGAGCUGCAGCAAGUCCGGGAACAUGACAUGGACCGGGUCAACGAGAACAUCGAUCUGGAGAUCCGUCAAGGCGAGCGACAGAAAGCCGAACUUCGCAAGGCCAGACGUGCGACGGGCGUUGAAGCUGCCAAUGCCGAGGAGCAGCGGGAGAUGGAUAUGGAUCUCCAUCUGUUUGGCCAGAAUUUGAACACCGGACCAGAUGAUUAUCAUUCGGUGGAUAGUCUUCUAGUGGCGAUGGAGACUGCCAGUGCCAACAUUGAGCGCGAGAUAGCCGAUAUUGAUCGAGAGGCUGCGGCCCUACUGAAGGAACUCAAUACGACGGUUGGCGAUUUGAGUGAUCUUCGCUACGGUAAAUUGCAGGGACCGGCUGGCACUGCUAAUACGCUGGCCAGCGAGACCAUUCAAGGCCUGCAAAACCUCGAGGAGGCUUGUUACAAGGACAUGGGCUCUGGUCCUUCGUGA